AUGGCUGAUUUGCAGACUCCUCUAGUGCGACCCAAAAGGAAGAAGGUUUUAGUGGACUACUUGGUGCGACUUCGAUGGAUUCCUGCUCUCUUUAUAGCCCUUCCAAUAUCUGCGCUGAUCUACUUCAGUGUCUUUGUGGGGAACACGUGGUCUGCCAUGAAAUCUGAGAAACGUCGACAGAAGGAACAUGAGGAGAAUAUAAAGAGAGUCGUGAAGCGUCUUAAAGAGAGGAAUCCAAAGAGGGAUGGACUUGUUUGCACUGCUAGGAAGCCAUGGGUGGUCGUCGGUAUGCGCAACGUAGACUACAAGCGUGCCAGACAUUUUCAGGUUGACCUUUCUGCAUUCAGGAACAUUCUUGAGAUUGACAAAGAGAGAAUGGUUGCCAAGGUCGAGCCUCUUGUUAGCAUGGGUCAGAUAACUAAAGCUACCUGCCCGAUGAAUCUUUCGCUCGCUGUGGCUCCUGAGUUUGAUGACCUUACCGUUGGUGGUCUGAUAAAUAGUUAUGGAAUUUCAGGGGGCUCUCACAUCUAUGGCCUCUUCUCUGACACGGUUGUCGCGAUGGAGGUUGUUCUUGCAGAUGGUCAGGUUGUGAGAGCUACCAAGGACAAUGAGGACUCUGACCUUUUCUAUGGCAUGCCAUGGUCUCAAGGUACAAUCGGACUCCUCGUUUCAGCUGAGAUCAAACUCAUUCCCAUCAAGGAAUACAUGAGGCUCACAUAUACUCCUGUCAGGGGGACCUUGAAGGAAAUUGCAGAGGCUUAUGCUGAUUCUUUCGUGCCAAGGGACGGUGACCCUGCAAAGGUCCCUGACUUUGUAGAAGGGAUGGUGUACUCAUCCUCAGAGGGUGUGAUGAUGACCGGUGUUUAUGCCUCGGAGGAGGAGGCGAAGAAGAAGGGCAACAGGAUCAACCGUGUAGGCUGGUGGUUUAAGCCCUGGUUCUACCAGUAUGCUGAGACGGCUCUGAAGAAGGGUGAGUUCGUGGAGUACAUCCCUACGAGAGAAUACUACCAUCGCCACACGAGGUCCCUGUACUGGGAAGGAAAACUGAUCAUACCGUUCGGGGACCAGUUCUGGUUCAGGUUCCUGCUUGGCUGGCUGAUGCCACCAAAGAUUUCCUUGCUCAAGAUCACCCAGGGUGAAGAUAUCAGGAACUACUACCAUGACAACCACGUGAUCCAAGACGUGCUGGUGCAGCUUCACAAAGUGAGCGACGCUCUUGAGUUUGCUCACCGUGAACUGGAGGUUUACCCAGUGUGGCUGUGCCCGCAUCGGCUGUACAAGCUUCCCGUGAAGACGAUGGUGCACCCAGAACCAGGAUUCGAGCAGCAUCGCAGGAAAGGUGACACCAGCUACGCCCAAAUGUUCUCACCGACGUUGGCUUCUACUACGCUCCCGCCUCUGUUGUACGGGUGGCUCAUCAGGAACCACGGUUACCAGGCGCAGUAUGCAGUGUCUGAGCUGAGCGAGAAGGACUUCUGGAGAAUGUUUGAUCCCUCUCACUACGAGCACUGCCGCCGCAAGUACGGCGCUGUAGGGACCUUCAUGAGCGCCCACUACAAGUCCAAGAAAGGCAAAAAGAGUGAGGAGGAGAUGCGCGGGGCGUCCAGUACCAUGCCGCUCACCGUGAAGCAGGUCGUCGACGCGCAGCAAUCUGGCACCGGCGAGAAGGGCGCUCCGUUCGUCGUGGAUGGCGUCGAGAUGGCUAACAUUCGACUUGUGGGGAUGGUCAACGGCAAGGUGGAACGGACGACCGAUGUGACAUUCACGCUCGAUGAUGGCACCGGCCGCCUCGAUUUCAUCAGAUGGGUGAAUGAUGCUUCAGAUUCUUCCGAAACUGCUGCUAUUCAGAAUGGUAUGUACGUCGCGGUCAUUGGAAGCCUCAAGGGACUUCAAGAGAGGAAGCGUGCUACUGCUUUCUCAAUCAGGCCUAUAACUGAUUUCAAUGAGGUUACGCUGCAUUUCAUUCAGUGUGUUCGGAUGCAUAUAGAGAACACGAAAUUAAAGGCUGGCAGUCCUGCACGGACCAGUUCUUCUAUGGGAGUGUCAGUCUCAAGUGGAUUCAGUGAAUCAAGCACACCAACAUCUUUGAAAUCGAAUCCAGCACCAUUGACUAGUGGAGCAAGUGGAUCCGAUACUGAUUUGAACAAGCAGGUGCUGAAUUUUUUUAGUGAACCAGUGAACCUUGAGAGUGAGCACGGAGUGCAUGUUGAUGAAGUAUACAAGCGGUUCAAACAACUGCCAAAGGAGAAGAUCAAGUAG